UACCAUACCGUAGUAAAAGCGCGCACAAAGAGUGUGAACCCCCAUUUCAAGUUUGGCGCAACGUAGGUAGCCUAGAAUUUGAAAGGGGCGGUGCGGCAGAGAGCCUGCAGCUUUGCCUGAUGCUGGUGGUGUGGCUUGGGUGUGACAUAUCUCAAGACCUUGACGCUGUCCAGGAGAUCUUCUUGCAGACCCCAGAAUAAAAGCCGUGCCUGAGUGGGGCUUGCAACUUUUCUUUUGCGAUCAAGCAAGGCAGCUUGCAAGUUGCCGGAUUCUGCUCGAAAAGCUGUUGCAAGGUCUUGCAGCUAGAAGGGGCAUGUGUCACUUUGAGGUCUCCCUCUUGAAUAGAUGACAGAAUCUCUUGUAUCUGGAUUUUGACCACGGUCUUUUUGUGCUCUUCUUCUCUUCUCAUCCUGGUUGGGCUUGGUGUGGCAUGCUGCAUGUGAGCAGGUCCUGGCUGGAGGGGCGAAGCUGUGCCUGACCUCAAUUGGACUCCCGAUGGUCCUUGCUACACACAUACUAGGAUAUGUCUGUGAUGGCUAGCGCCCAAAUAUCAAGUCUUGACAAUUCAUGUUACUUACGUAAGACGGCACACCCGUGUUCACCAAGCAAGUGCGCACCAGGUGGUAUCCGUGUGUGCUGCCUUCACGCAGUAGGCACGCAGUCAGGGGAGGCGUUGCGCAGCUCUGGGCACGGGGGUGUCCCUACAGGGCCGCCCCCGCUGCCCGCAGAGGUCGUUGACUGGCGGCAUGCGGCAGCUGGAAGGCAGCCCGCACAGCGCCGCCGGGUAGAACCGCUGGUCAGCCGCCAGCCUCCCUUGGAGGAGCGCAGCAAGUGCGCUGAGGUGACGGGGUCAGAGGCGGCUACAAUGGCGGUGUACAAGGAAUGGGUGCGGCGGGGGGAGCACCGGGACACCGUCUGGCAGGAUGGCACAGUGCGCCUGGGGGACCGGCUGGUGCGCAUCCGGAACGGGCGGGUCUCGGUGGUUGCAGCACCCGCAGCACCCUCAGAGAAGGUCCAGGCCCUGGUGGCGGCAGCAGCUCCCGCCACGCAGACCUUGGUCCAGAGGCGCGUGCGGCGCCAGCAGGCCUCCACCGCCCGGCUGCGCGAGCUGCUGCAGGAGAGGGCGCGCCAGUACGAGCGGAGCGCGGAGGCGGCGGCGCGGCGCGAUGGGGCGGACCAGACGGGCACUGCGACGCACCUGCACCUGCUGCUGGCGUGCUACCCACGGCUCACGCUGCCGCAGGAGAAGAAGUUCAGCCGCAGGGUUCUGGCAUACCACGCCCUCCGUGCAGUCCGAGAUGAAUUAGAAGUUCGAUUACAGCGCUCCCCCAGUGACGAGGAGUGGAGCGAGGCUUCAGAGCUGAGCUCCGUUGGAGAACUGCGGCGAAGGGUGGAGCAGGGCGUGGCGGCCAAGUGCCGGCUGGUGGAGGGCAACCUGCGCCUCGCGGUGUCGGUGGCGCAGUCGUUCCCGCGCGUCGGCCUUGACCUGGAGGACCUGGUGCAGGCGGGCAUCGUGGGCCUCCUCAAGGCCGUCGACCGCUACGACGUGCGCCGCGGCUUCCGCUUCAGCACGUACGCCACCUACUGGAUCCGCCAGAGCAUCCAGGCGACCAUUCGGCAGGACAGCCGGCUGGUGCGCCUGCCCGCGUACGCCUGGGACCGCCUCAGCAAGAUCGCCAAGGCCCGAGCACUGCUGCUGGUGCAGCUGGGCCGGCCUGCGACGUUGGCGGAGACCGCGGCGGCGGUGCGGCUGAGCGAGGGCGCGGUGCGCCUGCUGCUGGCGGCGUCGCAGGAGGUGGUUUCCCUGGAGAGCGGUGGCCCCGCGCUGCUGCAGCGCAGCCUGGCCAGCGGGGAGCGCGUGGCGGACUGGGCCGACAAGCUGGCCGACCCCGACUGCCACAAGGACCCCUACGAGAUGCUGGCGCAGGAGGGCGCGCCGCACGACAUCGAGCGGCUGCUGUGCAAGCUGGAGGCGGAGGAGGCGCGCGUGCUGGAGCUGCGGCUGGGCCUGCGCGGGCAGCCCGUGCACAACCUGGCCCAGACAUCGAAGCUCGCCAGCGUACGCUUUGCCAAGGUUGCCAAGUUGCAGAACACCGCCAUUGCCAAGCUACGGGGGCCAUUUAAGAAGGACGUCGAAGAUCUCCUGGUGGUCUGAUCGGCCUGCUUUACCCAGAGUGCACGCAUACCGAAAGAGGUAGGCAACUGGGAAGAAGAUUGCAGUAGCCUGUGCUGCAUGGGGCCUGAGAGCUGGGAGCGUUUGUACCAAAGAUGGUGGCGCCGCAUGGGCGCUGCACGUCCUUGCCGUACGACUGUCUGCUCCGCCCCUGCAAUGCCUUGUUGCGCAACACCUAGGGGGUAAGCGUGCAAACAGUCCGACCAGAGGUGUACAAAGCACGCCGCUUAAUCAAUCUUGUCAUCCGGACACACUCUACGUAGAUUCGUGUAAGCUUUUGCAAAGUUGUAAGCAUAUAUAUAUUUUUAUUGAUGGUAUCCAAUCGAUAUCGCAUCUUAGUCUCGAGAUUAUACAGCAGAUUUCAUCCUACUUGAUCGAUUCCUUUGCUAAAUAAGACUGUCACGGCGUCAUGUCGCGGUGUGCAGGAAUUCUCUGUAAAGCAUGGUUUCUCAAU